AGCGCCCCCCAUCCCUCGCCAGUCGAACUCGAACAUCUUCAGCCUCGUCAUCCAGGGCCCGACGCUCGAGUCAUCGUUCGGCGGUGUCGCGAUCGUCGGUCCCUCGCAGCGCCAUUAGCGCGCACGGGAUGUGACUCGCUGUCGCCCUCGCACAGGAUGCCAUGCUGGCUGCCGCCGCGAUGACUGGCGCUGACCGCGCCGCCCGCACAUCGAUUGGUCGGAGGGAACCCGCCGCGCUCCCCAAAGUGGAUAGCCCCCUCCGAGCUCCGGGCACGCUGCAACCCACGCGCGCCGCCCAUGUGCCGCCCGCAUCAGCCUCCCCACGUUCCUCGCCUUCAUUCCUUCCACGCUCGGCGCCUCGUGCCCUUCCCACGAGAAUACUCCUUUGUGCACAUAUGGGGAUAGCGCGCAUGAGGGGGCGAAGAAGCGCGGCGGUAUUUCAUGCGUGCGUCAGAAGCAUCGCGCUUGACAGAAAACAUCGGUGGCGCGGCCCCGCUCUGCUCAUCAUCGGUGCCUCGCGCAACAGCAACGGUGGCGCCCGCUCGAGGGCCGCCUGACAGCUCAGCGAGAAGCAGUGGACGAUUGGGCGGGAAUAUCGUACAGCGGCGCCGCAUGUCGGGAUUCUAUCUCCCGCCGUCGACGACAACCGCCUCGCUGUGAUCCAAGCAGGCUCAGCAGCCACAUACCCCCGCCCCAAAUAUUGAGUUUUCAGUCGUGCUCUGUACUUUUCGGCUGCACGUGG